UUAUAUAUAUAUUAAUGAUUAGCUUUCAUUAUUAUAGCUUCUCGUUUACUGGUUUAUUUGGUAUCUGCCUUUCCCUAUUUAUGUAUUCGACGUCUACAUAUGUUCGUGCCCACGGAUCGCUAACGCAGCUAACAAUAAACUUCAAGCAACAUUGUAUAGAAAACUGUGGACUCUGAAUUUUCACGUUGUCUUCUUGUUCUGAAGGGAUUAAUUGCCACGUUACGCACUGCUACAGUGAAUAGAACGAGGAAAAUACAACGAGACUACAAUUCCACUGACCUAGUGGACUGUUUAUAUUCUGGGACAUAAAAUGUCUCACACAAUAUUAUUGCUUCAACCAGGGAGCAGGGCUGAAACGAGGACUUAUUCUGAUUACGAGAGUGUAAUCGAAUGUAUGGAAGGUGUAUGUAAAAUUUAUGAGGCCCAUUUGAGAAGAAGAAACCCAGACACACCAACGAUAACGUACGAUAUCAGUCAGUUGUUUGAUUUUAUUGAUGAACUUACAGAUCUGUCUUGCCUCGUUUAUCAAAGAUCUACGAAUACGUAUGCCCCUCACAACAAAGAUUGGAUUAAAGAGAAAAUAUAUGUUUUACUUCGUGGAGCUGCGGAGCGUAGUAAAUAAUGUCCGACUGACGAGGCGAGCCAGUUAACUUAAUUUAAAAAAAGAAGAAAAGGAAAACAGUCAUGCGAUAAUAUUAAAUUUUGCCACUCCGUGGCAGAGACGCCUGUCGCUGCCACACACCUAAGUUCUCUGUUUCAUACUUUUAUUUACAUCCUAUAUUACGAUUUGUAAUAAUUCACGAUGACGCGAGGACAGGAGACACGGUUAUAUGUAUAAGAUAACAUUAAGUAAAACAUACGUACGUAUAUACUAUCGUUUAUGAUAAUAAAAAUGUAUACCCUAAAGGGAAGUCAUUUGCUAUUACAUUUUUGUUCUGCUAUUCUUAUUUCUACGUAUGUUGCCAAUUCUUAUGUCACGUGUAUACAUUUGUAAUCAUGUGUUCGAUUAUUGUCUUUUAACUAGCUUCGAUUAUAAGCAGAUAUUCAAUAAAGUAAAACAUUUUUUUAAGUAUUA